AUGACAAUAUUGUCAGUUGCGGGUAGCAAAGGUCGAGUACAAGCAGGCGGAGAUUUGUUCGACCAAGCCAACUCAUCGAGCAACGUAUUUCUUUCAUUUUAUUUUAAUAGCAGUUUUUUGAUCUUUAAGGUUGGUAUAUUGACGGCGAAUGAAGCAGAACUUUUCAACAGUGUUAAACGUUGGCUUGGCGAUGUGAACGAGCGAAUUUUAAUUCACGUAAUUAAGAACCACAGUACCUCAGUGCAGUCACAAUUUGGUGGAAAUUCAGAGAGUUUGAUGAAUGAUAUUAUUGGUAGUUACUUUGAUAAAAUUCAGCCUGAUGCCGAACGAUCUUUCAAGCAAGUGCGAUUUGAUGAGAAUUCAAAAAAUUCUCCACAGAAUGCAUCUCUGAAGCGACCAUCAUCAUUUACUAGUUGUGGGACAUCAACAGAUAAAGCUGUUGUUGUCGAUUUGACAUUGGAAGAGGAUCGUGGUUCUUUAAAGUGGAAAAAUUCCAUGACAAAUAAUGUAAUUGGCAGUCGUGAGGAACAAGACGUCAUUAAGGCGAUUGAAGAAUCACUUAAGGAAAACCAGAAUGUGCCUGGAUUUUCACCAUUUGCGCAAAAGGAUGCGGAAAAUCCUCAUGAACGGAAAAGGAUUGAUCUCAUGCCAGUUGGAUUGAAAAAUAUUGGAAAUAGUUGCUGGUUUAAUGUUAUUGCUCAAACGUUAUUUCACCUUCCACGUUUUCGGCAGUUACUUUUCGAAUUUACUGCUAAAGAAUUUUGGGAUGAAGGUGAUGGAUUUACUGAGCGGCCUUCUUCUUCAAAAGAGGUAACUCCUUCUGAUUUGUUAUUUGCUUUUCGCGGUCUUUCUGCCAUGCUUCUUGCUUCUACUCGUGCUUAUGUAGAUCCCACAGAUAUUUUACAAACUAUAAACGACUUAAAUACGAAUUUGAAUAAAACUGUUCCUUGCAUCGGAAUUCAGCAGGAUGCUAUCGAAAUGCUAUUGCGAUUAAUUGAAUGGUUAGAACAAGCUUUUAAUGCAUGUGAUAUUGCAAAUUGUGCACCAUUAGAUGCAGAAAUGGAAGAAGUUUCAUGCUUCAAAGCAAAAGAGGAAUCCAAUGCAGUUGAUGAGAUUACUGAUGAUGGUGCUAAUGCUCCCACUACUUCAUGCGUCUUGCGUCCUUUCAAUUCUCUUUUGCAUGGUUCUCAUAUUGAGUUGCGUCAGUUUCCAGCAAUGCUAAAAAGUAUUUUCAUGAUUUUAGAUGGCGUAAUUACACGAUCCGUACUCGAAAAUUCGUUACAGAUGAUAAAUUUGGAUGUUUCAUUUGAUAAUCUUCACGAUUCACUUGAAGCUUAUCAUUUUAAUGAUUAUCCAUCUAAAGAGGUUAUUAUUUUCCAUUUUUUUUAUAAAUUACUUUUAUUUUUCUUGAAUGUGUGGUUUGAAAAUUUGCCUCCUGUGAUUAUUUUUUCAUUAGUGCGAUUUAGCUACAAAAAUGGUCAAACCGAGAAGCUGCAUAGCAAAUUUCAUUUUCCGCUUGAUUUUUUCAUGGACCGAUAUCUGCACCGUAAUCGAACCUACGUUAAUAUAAAAAGACAAGAGCGUAUGAUUCUGAAAGAGAGACUUGAAAAUUUAAAAAAUGAAUUGCGAAGGUUGUGUUUUAUUCAUUGCAUAAAAUUUUCUCGACGCACUCUUUUGCCCUCUUGGGGCAUCAGUGCAUUUGGAUUUGAAAAUAAUGAAGGAUCUGGACAUAUGGAAGAUCAUUCCAAUGAGUUCAAACCAGCAAUUUCAAAAGAGUUAGUCGUAUUAGAUGCUGAUGCUGUUGCACGCUUCCUGCUUCAGAUUUCGAACGAUGUUAAUGCGAAAAUUAUCGGUCUUCAAGAUGAAGUUAACAGUUUGCAAGAAAAUAUAGAUGCUACUUUCAAUGUCGAAAAUAUGAAAGAGGAAGGCUAUCGUUUGCAUAGCGUUAUAAUUCAUGAAGGAGAAGCAAAUGUUGGACAUUAUUGGGCAUAUAUAGCUGAUCAUUCAACACUAGAUGAAAAUGGAUCCCCCGUGAACUGGCGACGAUUUAAUGAUAAGAGCGUUGAACGAGCUACAUGGCAACAAAUUGAAGAAGAUUCCUUUGGAUCAAGAAGGACAUGUUCAGCAUAUUGCCUUAUAUAUACGAGAAAACGUUUAGAGCAAGAACUUUUUGGGCAAGGUGGUAAUACAGCUUCUUCUACAAUUCCACAUUUGCUAGAUACACUGCCGAUAGAUUUGAAGCAGCUGGUCGCUGCUGAUAAUGAUAAAUUUAACAAGGAAUUGGAAAGCUGGGAUUCGAAAAUCCUGCCAAUAGAAUGUGGCCCUAUUAACCGGCCUGUUUUACGUCUUCCUGUUGACAGUGAAAUUGCGGAUAUGCUCGGUGUUUCAAAGCCUUUGGAUUUAAUGAACAUUAGUCGGCGACAUUGUGAAUGCGCUUUUCAUUAUUUUGGGAAUGCUAUGUUGCAAAGUGCAUUAAAAAUGCUAUAUGAUAAAACUUUAGACAAUGUCGAUGAUGCCAAGAUGAUUUUCAAUGAGUUGCUCAAUAAUCAUAUUUGCCAUAUUAAUCGUGCCAUUGAAUUGUUUGCCAAAACUUCAAAUAUGGAUAGAUUAUUGAUUCUUACCGAAUGGGCACGUUUAUUUGGUUUUUCGAUGAGUAAGGAGGCCGAAAAGCUUUUUAUUGUACAGGUGCUUUCCAAACUGGAUGAACCAAAUUUACAGUCACUUUGCAAAGCCUAUAAAUCUGAGCGGGGACUGGCAGGAAAUAAUAAUCCUGUUAUCGAUGAGCUUGAUGUAUGUCUUUUCUUGUGUGGUCUAUUCAUCAUGACAUAUUGCAAAGCCGGAGUUUAUGUGCAGCUAUUCGCCAAAAUUAGUCAAGACAUUUUGCACUCUAUUUCCGCUUCAAAUGAAAAAAUCGUGGUGGAAUACGAUAAUUUCCUUCGAACGGAAUAUAGAGCCAUGCUUAGUAGACUUCGUUGCUAUAAAGGAGAAGCAUAUGAACAGGUUGUUGUCAAUGGUUGUAGUAAGAGUAACUUAUCAGAGAUGCCAUUCAUACAUUGUGAUAUUAAAGAUGUUUCAGUAGCGAAGGAUUUGAUUUCUUUAAAACAGUAUAUGAUGAAAGUAAAUCUCAAUACUGUUGAUGAUUUAUUAAUCACUGUCAGUAUGUUGAUAAAACAAGAAUCUGUUACUCCCAGCUGA